UAUUGAAUAUAUUGUCUUACACAUUCAUCGAAGCUUGUUUCCUCGAUUCUCAUUUCCAUAAUGGAAAUUUUCCAGCUGACCAAAGGCUAUAUAUAAAGAGUGUAUUCAAGCUAGCCGCUCUUAAUCGCCACCAGUCAAUAUUCAACAAUGAAGGCCAUUUUGAUAGUAACCCUUUAUACACUUCUCGUGCAAUGCAACGGAGAUAUAAGCGAAAGGAUACCAACACCAAUCCAAAGCCUUGUACCUCCGACAUUCGAGAACCCAAUUAAGGAUUAUACGGUUGGGUUGGUACCACCACCAAUAGAUGGCCAACCAGCUAGGGAUGACACGAGACCAAAAGUCCAACAACGCAAAGUCCAAUCCCGAAGUCACGUACAUUCCAAUCCCAAUGCUCGUACAAGCAGCUUUGUUCAAACUCCAAGGCAAUCCGUGAAUUCAGUCCAACAACGACCCGGAUAUUCCGUAGUCCAUCAGAAAACACAUCACUCCUCAAAUCUGCUGCAACCUCAAGUGUAUCAACCUAAGACGACAAUUUAUCAACCAUUCCAGCAGUCCACAACUCAUCACCAUCAACCUUACACUCAAUAUUCAUAUCCAGCCACCUACAGUGCGGGCAUAGUAAGACAACCUGUGGCAGCAGUGACCCAUAAUCAUCAACACAAACAUUUCGUUUCGACUCCUCAAUACUACAGUCCAGUAACUCAGAACAGAGUCCAUCAGCAUUCCACUCAUACGCAAUACGUGUCUAUUCCGGUGCAGAGAGGUCUGUCUACUGGUCUACAACACAUCUAUCCAAGUGUGCAGAAAUCAGCUUUUGUGCCCAGAACAGUGUCUUCGUAUGGUGGCAGCGGGAGUAUAGUUCAAACUUACCCUUCGGUUUCCUAUACUGCAAUUCCAAAGCAUGGUUCAACGCUGGAUUUCGGAAAUGCCAAACUUGAUCCCGAAUUAGUGCAAGUCAUAAGCCAGGUUUAUGGGCAAUAUCAUUAAUUUAUUCAAUAAUUUCUUGGAAGAAUGGAACUAUUUAAUUUUCUUCUUCUCAUCCAAGGUCACACUUAUCAACAAUUUUUUUACCAAAUCGUGUUAUUUAUUAAUAAGUAGAAUAGAUUUUAAUAUAUUUACAUAAAUUUUGUGUUUACUACAACAAGAAGCUUUCGUGCUUCAAACUAAAAUAAAAUGUGAUUAUCUGCAAUAAUAAUUGUGA